UAGCUGCUCUUUCUUCCUUUAAUGGCUACUUCCAUCAACGGCCCUUACAAGGUUCAUCCAGGCUGCCUGACUGCUGGCAUUCAAGUUUCAACUGGAUUCAAUAUGCCUAGGACACGGUUUUACUGCAAGUGUGUAAGGCCCCGCAGGGAAUGCCCUUUAGAAGGUGUUUGCAGAAAUGAUUUACUGAAGAAGACUGAUGAAAACAAGCCCAAGUGGAACACCAAACUCUGCACUGAUAUUAGGGGUGAAGAAAGCCAAACAUUAGAAGAGCCCAGUCGUUCUAGCAGCGGCAAGAGAUCAAUAAAAACCACUGAAAGGAAUGACCCAGAUCCAGAUACUGCAGUCCAGUAUUCGUUGGAGACUAUAGGCUGUCCUUCAGCUUCUAAUCGAUUUGCUUCUCUGCAGACAGAGGAAGACACUCAUGAAGUGGACGAACUGGGAUCAAACUCUUCUUUUGACUAUGACCUUAUGGUGUCAGGCUCAGACUCAGAGAAAGAUGACAUGCGGCUAGUCCCCACUCUUAGGCUCGUAGUCUUGAAACUCAGCCGUACUUCCUUUGGCCUUUCGAUCCCCUCGUUCACAAAGGGGCUUAAGCUCAUCUAACGAUGUGAUCGGGUCUCUCGUUUUAUGCUUGAGAAAAAGCCUUCCCGGAGAAAAGGGUGUUAUGCUCUCUUUCCCCUUAAGACUAGUGAAAGGAGGGGCUAAUAACUUGAGUUAGAAGUAGGAGACGAUCAGAGUUAUCUUAUCUAGGCUAUUUGCGUUUAACGAGUUAGAAGAUGUUGCCAAUGACCGCCUAUCGAGCCCCUCUUCUCUUUGUCGAAUUCAAGCAAGAAAUGAGAAUAGGGACA